AAAAUUGCUAUUAGUAUUUGAGUAUUUGGCUAGCUGUUCUUCAAAUUCUUUUUUGGCCUUCCUAAUUAUAUUCUUAUACUUGUGGGCACAUUCUCAGCUCAUGUACAUUAUAGCUCCAUUGCUAUGGCAGUUUACACCAGUUGAGGAUCUCUCUGAGUUAAAAAACUUCUCCAGAAUGAAAAAAAAAAAACAAAACAGAGCUUAUAACAUAAAAGAGACAAGACAAGUGGCAGCCGAGACAUGGCUAAGAAAGGAAUUAUGAGGAGAGAGGCUCCGUGAGGCUAAAGGGGAAGGAAAUGCACCUAGAAGAACUGGUUUUGGAGGUAGUGGGCUGGCUUGACUGGGAGACUUUUCCAUGGUGACAAUGUAAAAGAAUCAAAGGUGAGAGGUUGGGGAGGAGUGUAGAGAGCAAAUGGAGGAGUUUGAGGAAAUGGAGAGCGGAGAUGCAGGCAGGGACAGUGAAGGUGCUGUGGUAAGAGACAGGAAGCUAGCUAAGGGGUGGAUUUGAGGAGGUGGGUGAUAAGUUUGGAGUGGCUGGAGAGGAUGACUUCAUCGGCAGUAUUUUGAAUGGAUUGAAGAUGGAAGGCUGUGAAGGAGGUUACAAUAACCAGGAACAUAUGACCAAACCCUGGGCAACUGUGUGUGUGUGUGUGUGUGUGUGUCAGAGAGAGAGAGAGAAAAGAAGGUAAAUAUUAGUGACAUUAAAGAGGAAGAAGCAACAUGGCUUCUUCAUACCAGGAGAGGAGAAUUGAAACAAACCACACCCCAUAUAUUACAAAAAAUAUAAGAAAUCAGAGUUGCAAAUAAUACUGCUUAGCAAUUUCACAUGCAGGUCUGAAAGUUCUUUCCAAAGGCCGGUAGCUACUAUUUUCAUUUUACAGAGGGAAAAACAGAGAGACAGAGUAGUGCAGUGACUUGCUCAAGGUCAUAAAAUGAGCCCGUACAAGAACCAGGAGUAAAUAUAGGAAUUUACCUACUUCCUCUUCUUGGCAAUGAAGGAUUAUUCCCUACACUGUAUUUUAGAACAAUUUCUUUUAUUCAGUUCCAGAUACAGAUAGAGAGGGGGCUAAGCCACCAAUUUCAGCUUCAGGUCUGAGCUUCCUUGAAGUUUGAGGGUAUUUGGAUCUGCUGGUUUGAUUUAGGCCCAUAUUUGGUUGUAAAUAUGAAUUGGCAGCCACUGUAGCCUCCUAGUAAUUCGUCCACUAUUUACAAUGAGACCUGCCUUAAGUUAAAUAAAGGGCAUGCCCUGGGAAAACCCCUGUGGAAGUAGAGUUUGAAUAUGGGUUUUUUCCAGAACCUAUCCUGUGAAUUACAGAGUGCCUGAGGGCGCUCAACAUCUUGCACAAGCUGCUCAGCGAAUCUGAGUUUCAGGAGUUUGUGCUUACCCAGGUCCACAGGCAAUGAGCAAGUAGAACAUCCGACACCUACUGGCAGCAGUGGGAAGAUGUGAAAACAGUGACUCAUGGAGUGUGGAUUGUUAAGAAACUUGGAAUGUUGCCCACAGAGCAAUUACCCCACCAUCAGAAAUUUUAGUAUCUCCAGAAACUGCCAUGACAAUAUCAACCACUCUAUAAGGUAACCGAACAAGUGUGAAAGUUUUAUAUGUUUUAUUGGCUUAGGCUAAAUUGUAUAUCAAAGGGAAGUAGGAGAGGCAGAAACCAUCCUCGCUAGGAGGAAGGAAUGCCCUAGCUGUUUUAUAAAUGAAAGUAUAAUCUGCAAGUGGAGAAACUGUCAACCCAUCAUUGAUUUGACAUUGCAGCUGCUCUGGGAUUUUAUUAGAGCAGAUUAAAAGGAACUUUGAAUAUACAAAACAAAACUAAAAUCCCCAAGCAAUAAGAAACCAGACAAUACAACAACAUGGGAGCUGCAGGAUAGAGGAUUGGGAAGCUGUGGCCGCAUUACUGAUUUGUGCUCCCUUCAGAGGAGGAGCAGAUUAUGUGAUCGUGGAGGAGACGAUGGAGUCCAGGGAUCCAGGAGAAAAGGAAGCAUUAGCCAUAGCUACCUCUUUGUGGUUCUGCCAGCUUAGCCCUGUCCUUGGCAGCACAGCUCCUUUUGGAGCAUACUGCUCCUAACUCCAUUGUCCAUGCCUGGGGCUAGUACCCCCUCACCAAAGACAGUGUAAACAUGGGAGCUAAUGUUCCUAGGAGCAGUAUUAACCAAAUGGUAUUUGCCAAGGAGGCAGGGCUGUUCCACCCAUCUGCUUCUGCCUGCAGUAUCACCCCUUUCCGCUCCCCCCCCCCAGCAUAGAUCCUAAUGAGUGCCCCCUUCCUGGCUGCCUAUUAGGACUGCUCUCUGGGGAAUCCAAGCCUCUAUGCUCUGAAUGCCCUGGGGUGUGUUAAGCUCCUGGAACCUCAAUGGAGUCCAGCCGCUGCCCCAAUCUUGUGGUCCCUAAUCACACUGAGUGUUUUAAUCCACCAUCCAACUGCCUAGCCCCUCUGGGUGCAGCGCUAACCCUUCAGCUUCUGGUUUACAGUUUAACUCCCUCAGGGGCCCCCAGCAGUUGUAAACGGUCAGCACACACACUUUGUUCAGUUACUCAACUUUAUGCUCUUUACUUAAUAGAUAAAGCACAGGAGAGUUACCUCAUACGAAACAAUGACACAUCCUACAUGCAGUGUCUCACUAGCUCACCCGUCCUGUGCGUGUUCUUGAGGGAUCAGAUGUAUUUCAUCAGGCAGGCUGCAUCCUCUGGCCCCUUGCCUACCUUGCAGCAGCAGUCCCCCUUGUCUUAAACUAGUGCAAAGUGGCUAUCUUUCUCUUCUCUCUUAUACUAGCACUGGUGCUCCUGGGCUGCUAUUUCUUGAUUCCAGUCUUCUAGCUGCUGUGUUCUUCUCCAGCUGCAGCUUCUGUUGAGUUGUCCACAACUCCUGUUAUCGUGGUGUACUCAGUCUGGAUGGAAUGUGGUGCUGCCUCUGUCAGGCUCUUCCUUGUUUGUCAGGGUAGGGAACCUCAACCCAUAGUUGGGGCAGCAAAUCCUUUGGGAGACAAGGAGGCAACACACACACUCCCUAGAAACCAGAUGGGAGUGAGAGAACCCCAUCUCAAGCUAACACCUACAGGCUAAGGGAAAAGAAGGGCCAUGCGAGUGCUCAGCCCAGAGGCUCUAAAGAGAGAAAUUAUACAGGCUGGUGGACAAGUGAUACUAUGGGAUUUUGAAGGAUCAAUGCUGGCUUGCUUGCAAAAUAUUUACUAUAUGAAAUUAUAAAAACUAAGAGCAAAAAUGCCAUUUACAGAUCAGCCUGUCCAGGAAGUAAGACCGUGCACUCCCCUAGGCUCCUGGACAGCACCCUAGUUAUACCCACUUCUUUAGGGGGACAUGUGACAGCUAAGGCAAUUUCUUGCAAUAUACUGGACAAACCAUAUUGAAUUAAGUUUAUGCAUCAUUGUGGGUCAAGAAUUGUAUGUAAUUCCAUGGGGGAGGUAGAUCACAGCCCUACAAAAACUAAGAAGAGUGAGGAUGGGUAGACAAAUUCAUUCAAGUUGUAACACCUCCAGAGAGGUACCACCACCUAGAGGGAGGCUCGCAUAUACUAAUUCACACUGGAUUCUCCAGGGACCAACAAAGAAAAGACCUUCGAGUAAACUGCGUAGUUAAGACUGACUCAGGGCCUUCUUUCUGAUCCAGCAAAUGGACAAGACCUUCGGUCUAAGCAGGGGCCCCAGUCCUUCCUGAGAAGGGCUGGAAAGACUUGCCUGUUCUGUGUUCUUGUUCUGAGUAGGAGGGGUUAUGAACUUGUAAUCACAAGAAAACCCCUUGGUGUGGGUUGAAGGACUGUUCACCUGCCAGAGUCCUUGGAGUCAGGGGGUGAUCUCUGGUAAGCUGAGCAUGCAUGUAGGUUCUUUUAUUGUUUUUAAUAUGUUUUCUCUGUAAUGCUUUUUCCUUAGAGUCAAUGUGCUUGCUUAGGAAGAGUUGUCUGGUAACUUAACCGUGGCAAUUACACUGUUUACUGUCUCUGAGGAGAAAAGUAAAACAGGCUUGCUUAGGCUGUCUGACUUUGCUGGGAAAUUCACAGUAUAGGCAGGGAACUGUAUAACCUGAAAAUACCUCAGUCAGGAGUGUGAGAUGCAUGUCUCAGCCCAAGAGAGGCAACAGCUGGGGAUCCACAAACCUAUGAGUGGGUGCCUUUGCUGGACCACAGAAGGGAAAUGCAUGAGCCCUUGCCCUGAACUGUGACAUCCCACCUCUAAUUAUGGUACUUCUCCCUCAUAAUAUCAGGGCAGCAAGGCUUCCACAAACACCAGCGUAGGCUGCUGUCCUACCUUUUGUGUUUCCUUUCUCCAGUUCCCAUCUGCACAGGGUCCUAACUGUGUUUAUAUCUGCAGGAGAUGGAAACAGAGAUGGAAGGAAGGGGCUCAGGCAGACUCACAUUAUCUUAGAAAACUGCGUUUGUGUUCUGAUCCACAAGGCAGGGCCAAUGGUACUUCUGUGUUUGGUUGAGCCAUGUUUUAUAUUGGUGCGUGUGCUGCUUGCCUGUUGUAUUUCCUCAUUCAGCAGGAGGGAGGGAGACAGAUGGGCUGGUGGGGAGUUAUUGCCACUCCCUGAAGGUAUAAUUGAAGAAGGUGCAGCUCACUGACUUCUCUGUGGGUUUUCUGUGUUGCCAGAGACCAGUUGUUUGUGAGCAGAACCUGUCUGGCAGGUCUGAUUUGGGUUGAGUAAUAGGGAGUGGCUCACCAAUACACAAAAACCAGGAGACUAGCUGUCAGUGGGCUUAGUUUUCAGACAGCCCUUGCCAUUUCUUCCCACAAGCUUCUUCCUCUCUUUCUCACUUGAACAUGGAAUCUAGAUUUGGAGUUGUGCUGGUUUUGAUCUUGGCAGCUGCAUCAUCAUCUGCCCAGAAGAACUGUACCUGUGCGACCAACAGACGGGCUCUCUGCACUGAAGACACGCUUGGGAACUGCCUCUGCACGUUGGUGGGUUCAAAUCAAAGAGUAAAUUGUUCAGUGUUGACUUCAAAAUGCCUACUGAUGAAGGCAGAAAUGAGCUCCCCAAAGGGCAGGCGUAUCUCCAAACCUGAGCAUGGCUUUUUAGACAAUGAUGGAGUUUACAAUCCAGACUGUGAGGAUAGUGGUAUCUUCAAAGCCAGGCAGUGCAAUCAGACCAAUACCUGCUGGUGUGUGAACUCUGCUGGGGUGAGAAGAACUGAUAAAGGUGACACAACCCUAAGAUGCAAUGAACUAGUCAGAACUAACUGGAUCUUCAUCGAACUGAAACACAAGGAGAGGUCUAAAGCCUUCCAUGCUUCUGAAGUGGCAGAUGGUCUGAAACGGAUCAUUCACAACAGAUACAAGCUGCAUCCAAAGUACAUUACUGCCAUUGAGUAUGAAUACCCGUUCAUCCAUAUUGACCUGAAGCAAAAUGCUUCCCAGAAAUCCAAAGAAGAUGUCGAUAUAGCUGAUGUGGCGUAUUACUUUGAAAAAGAUGUUAAACUUGACUCCAUAUUUCAUCGUAGUAAUGCAUUCAACCUCUCCAUUAACGGAGACCCUCUGGAUGUGGAAGGAAUUUUAAUUUACUACGUGGAUGAAAAGCCACCAGAGUUUUCUAUGAAACGUCUGACUGCUGGCGUUAUUGCUGUGUUGGCAGUGGUGAUAUUGACUAUUAUUACUGGGAUUACUGUACUGGUUAUUACCAGAAGGAGGACCGGGAAGUAUGAGAAGGUCGAGAUCAAGGAGAUGGGUGAAAUGAGACGAGGACAGAACUCAUAGCUGCCUUAAUCUGAAGACAGAAAUUAAGACUUUGAUAAGAAGGAAGCAGAAAUGGGAAGAUUAUUCAGUGUUUGUGUGGGGAGACUGGUUUAUUUUUUAUUUCAAGUUUUAAAACAAUGUUUUUCUAAAAUCCUAAAUGAGCUUCGAUGAGUAAAGUGGUAUUAACUAGUAUAAUUUGAGAGCUGAGUAUCAAAAUCACCUUAGCCCAAAAUUUUCCGAUUGUAUAGUUGUAUUUUUAAGGGGACAAGAAAGUUAUUUGUACUUCCUAACAUAGCUAUUUAGCAUAAUUUAUAAUACCUACAUUUGUAUUACUAAAGAGCCUGUUAAACUUGUUUAAAAAUUUUAUGACUUUUUUUUUUUUGCACAACCAGGUGCUGAAGCUUGAAUAUCCACUGUCUGACUCACUUGUAUAACUAGGGUUGGCUUUCUGUUUUCAAUGACAUUUUUAAAGAUACUAUCUUUGAUGAAGUUGCUGGAACUUUUUUUUUCUCACCAACUUUAAACUUAAUAAAUUCCACCAAAAACAA